AUGGCAGAGCGAACACGUGACCUCAAACAGCGAUUGCUGUCGUUCGACGUUUUCUGCAUAUACAUCCGCAACCUAACUCAACGCUUCAAGAACGAUACUCCGGAGAUCCGUAAGAUCAUCGACGAGCUAUUUUGCCACAUCCCUACCUUCCAUGCACACGCUCAUCGAGACAUGUGUCAGGUGGUUUACGGUUUUCCCUACAGCGAAGGGUCCGGUCAUCAACACGGAGAACACGUUGAACCACCCUGGAGCGAGCUGAAUCUCGCUGGACGAGUACUACGUGAGAUGGCUGCAGGACCUCGUGAAGACGCGCUCAACGAUCUUUUGAACUACUGGAAUCGUCGUAAAUUGGAAGACUUCGGUGAGUAG